AUGGAAGCCGUAGAGGAUGUCCUGUAUGGGACAUUCGCUGGUAUGCUAGGCAAAUACAUCGAGUACCCGUUCGACACUGUCAAGGUGCGACUGCAAAGCCAGCCAGACCAGCUGCCUCUACGAUAUGCUGGCCCACUCGACUGUUUUCGACAAUUCCUCAAGUCUGACGGCCCUCUGGGCCUUUACCAAGGCAUCGGCGUGCCACUGGUUGGCGCAGCCGUCGAGACCAGCAGUUUGUUUGCCUUCGAAAGCGCGGGCCGAGAGAUGAUGUACCUGUCCGGAUGGGCGUCUCGAGACGAAAGACUGUCGCUUCCUGCACUGCUGCUCACCGGCGCCUUCGCGGGGGCACUCACCUCUUUCGUUCUCAACCCCGUCGAGCUGGUCAAAUGCAGGGUUCAAGCCCCAAUACCAGCAGAUGGCGUCAUCACCACGGGCCCUCUACGUGUCAUCCAGGACGUAUUUCGCAACACGGGCCUCCGCGGCUUUUGGCGAGGUCAAGUGGGCACUCUCAUCAGAGAGACGGGAGGCGGCGCGGCUUGGUUCGGUGCCAAGGAGGCCGUGACCGCCAUGUUCUACUCCCUACGGACUCAGCCUGCCACAUGCCCGUCCCGCAGCGGGGAAAUCCUGCUCAGGCCGCUGCCACUGUGGCAACAAGCCGUCGCUGGCGCGUCCGCCGGCGUCUCCUACAACCUCUUGUUCUUCCCCGCCGAUACAAUCAAAUCGCGGAUGCAGACGCGGCCCGUUGGCGGGCCGCGGGUGUCUGAGAAGCGUACGUUCCGGAGCGAGUGCUUGGCGCUCUGGCAGAGCCAGGGGCUUCGUGGAAUGUAUCGCGGCUGCGGCAUCACAUGCCUUCGGUCCGCGCCUAGUUCCGCACUUAUUUUCAUGUCAUUCGACGGCUUGAAGCGCACCUUUCCACUGUGA